AUGGCACACGAAAAAGUAAUUGAAUACGGAAGCAAGAAGUCGUAUCUUCUCAAGAGACGAAGUAGUGCAAGAAGAGUCGGCUCCUUUCGAAGAUCAGUGAUGGAUUCCAUCAACGACAAUGUGGAGUCAAAUCCACUUCACCGGUUUGCAUCUUGUGGGGAUAUCCAAGCAGGGACCAAAGAUGAUAGCACGGCAGCGUCCUCUGUGACCUCCUCCUUCAGCUCCCUUCCUGGUGGUAGUAAGAGGGAGUCGGACGAUAAGGAUUCGAAGCAAAACGCAGAAUGGGGAUCGAACAGAAGUUCGUCAAACCGAAUCAAGCUCAUGGACCGAGGCGAAUUGCUUGUCGAAACUGAUACACAGUCUUCCAGAUUUUUACGACAAGACCUUUGA